UUCGACGCCCAGCUCUGGCUAUGCAGUUGCGCACACAGUCAGUAACGUGCAGUGCUGUGUCUUGCGUUCGCAGGUCGCCGAAUAUAAGUAGAGGCCUUGCCUCAAGGCACCCAGCAUUACGCCUGUACAUACCACCUCUCCAGAGCGAGUCAGGGUCUCUGGAAACCCUCGAACAUGACCACGAUACACGACGAACUGCAGGGAAACUACGUAGGAGUGACGUUGAUAGGCUGUGUGCUUGUUGCGUUUCUAUACGGCAUCACGGUCGCGCAGGCAUCGCUACUUUGCGCCCGUAACGGAGCCGACAGCCUCAUUCUGAGAACACUCAUAAUGUUUCUCUGGUUUAACGACGGUGCACAUUAUGCGAUAGCAAUAUGGUCGGCGUACCACUUGUUCGACUUGCAAGACAUCAUAUACAACAGUGCAUGGUGCUUCCGAGGCAUCAUCUUUGUGAGUGGAAUUACGCAUCUAGGCAUCAAGAGCAUCUAUAUAUAUCGGACGUGGAUACUAAGCAAGAGCAAACUCGCCUUGGCUCUUCUAAUCGGGUCUGCUCUGACAACCUUUUCCAUCUCAAUGAAGAUAUCAUUUUCCUUACGCCAGGAGAGCAAUCUGGUACAGCUGCUAGCAUCUCUAUCGCAUGAGAUAUACGCUUCCCUCGCGUCCCUCGCGUUCUCUGACGCGGUCGUCUCUGUGUCCAUAUGCUGGUCAUUGGCACAUUGCCGUACAGUAUCGCCUAGAACUGAACACAUCAUCAGCGUACUCAUGCUGUAUGCCAUAGAAUGCGGGCUUCUGAUGAGCGUGUCGUCCAUCGCUUGCCUUGUCACUUAUGCCACGCUCAUGCCAGACAACGCGACGUUCCUCGCAAUCUUCUUUGUCAUACCCAAAUUGGGCAUCAAUUCGCUCUUUGCUACGCUGAACGCAAGAUAUGCACUGAGGGAGUCCGCGAACAGCCUUGUUGGCUUAGGGGACUCCGUCGUGCUAGCCAGGCUCCAGCGAAGGCGAUUCCGGGAUCGACUCGCUCACAGCAAGAAUGCUCCCAUCAUCAGUAACGUCGGGAGCGAAGUGCAGAUACGGAGUGACUAUCGCACUGGACAGCAGCAAGACACUAUCUCCGCAAGUUCCUGCUGAGAUCCGCAAAUGGGUACGACGUUCGGGACGCAGCCCUGAGCACGCAGCGGCAAAAAUCGUCGCGUCGUAUAUAAAGUAUCGCUUACGAUAAUCAUGGACAAAGAUACGGACUAGGUACCCUUACACGCGCGAUCCAUAAUGCCAUCGAGCGUUGAUCGAGCGUCAUGUUCAUGUCAAAGAGGAUGCAUCGGAUACGUCUUGCGAUGCACGAUGACUAUGCCAUCAGCCGAGGCCAA